AUGUCGAUGGAAGUGAAGGAGAAGACCGAGGUGCGUCUGGUGUUCCUGGGAGCAGCUGGAGUGGGUAAGACCUCCAUCAUCCAGCGCUUUCUCAAAGACACCUUUGAACCCAAGCACCGGCGCACGGUGGAGGAGCUCCACAGGAAGGAGUAUGAGGUGGGGGGCAUGAAAGUCACCAUCAACAUUAUGGACACCAGUGGCAGCUACUCCUUCCCGGCCAUGCGGAAGCUGUCCAUCCAGAACAGCGACGCCUUCGCCCUGGUCUACGCCGUGGACGACCCCGAGUCCCUGGUGGCCGUGAAGAGCCUGCGAGACGAGAUCCUGGAGGUCAAAGAGGACAAGUUCACCCCUAUCGUGGUAAUAGGCAACAAGAUCGACCGCCAAGGGGACCGACAGGUGUUCAGCAAGGACGUGCUGUCCACGGUGGAGCUGGACUGGAACCACAGCUUCCUGGAGUCCUCGGCCAAAGACAACAUCAACGUGCUGGAGGUGUUCAAGGAGCUGCUGCUGCAGGCCAACCUGCCCAGCUGGCUCAGCCCGGCGCUGUGCCGGAGGCGGGAGACCUUCCCCAAGCAGAGCAACAAGCGACCUCCGAUGAACAAGACCAACAGCUGCAUCAUCUCGUAG